AGAAGAGACAUUCUCUCGCGUCAGCCACGCCGAUAAUCAUCUGACAAAAGAUUUAUCCCUCUCACCAAAAAAAAUAUCACUAGAAAUUUCACUGAACAAACUUCUUCUUAUGUUAAAGAGUUACGUCGUAAAAAUUUUUUUUCCUUAAAAAAGUAAAACUAGGAAUGUUUUCUUUCCGUAUAAAAGAAAACGCGAUUCAUUGGAUUACUGAUUGCUAAUAGAAGAAAAAACAAUUGCUUAUUUAAUACAGAUUAAUUAGGAAGUUUAGUGAAAUCAUCGAACAGUUAAGAAGUGGGCGUAUUAAAUGAUAAGGUGAAAUGAGUUUCUAUCGCAGUUAACUCUCAGCUUUGUGACUUUAAUUACUGUGCUAAUUACGUGUUAAGUUCAUAGUGAUCAGUGUAUAAGGAAUUAACCAACGAUGGGUUCUCUUCAACAACAAUCGGUUCUAAAAGGAAAUAAUACUCCAUUCAGUGACAAGAAGCAAUUAAUUCACAACAUUUUAACCGAAACUGCAACGAAAUACCCGAAUCGAACAGCAAUUCUAUAUGAAGAUGGAAGUGGUCAAGAACUUUCAAUAACAUAUGAAAAUCUUAACAAAACAACUGAUCGAUUGGCAAAAACACUUCGCAGAUAUUGCAAUCAAAAUAAUAAUGCGGAAAAUAUAGUUGCUGUUUGUUUAAAACCAACGGAACGAUUGCCAAUUAUUUUAACAGCAAUUCUCAAAUCUGGAAUGGCUUAUCUGCCAUUGGACUCUGAAUUUCCCGCAGGAAGAAUAAAGCACAUUCUGAAUGAAUCACAACCAACAUUGGUCAUUAUUGAAGAAGGAGAGGACAGAUCAAUAUAUCAAGGAAAUCAAUUAUCAACUUAUGAGCAACUUUUGGCCGAAUCACACAAAGAAUGGGAGGAUCCAUUGCGAUUGAAUGAAAGUCCAGAACAACUUGCUAUUGUUUUGUACACUUCCGGAAGUACCGGAAUUCCAAAAGGAGUCAGAUUACCACACACAGCUUUAUUGAAUCGUUUACAAUGGCAAUGGAGGGAAUUGCCAUUCUCCCCAACAGAGGAGAAAUGUAUUUUUAAAACAGCUUUAACUUUCGUUGAUAGUGCACCUGAAAUAUGGGGACCACUAUUACAAGGACGUACAAUAGUUGUCAUGCCAAGACCACUAACAAAAGAUCCAGAAAAAUUUGUCCAAAUGCUCGAGAAACAUCAGAUCCAACGACUUGUUCUGGUGCCUUCUUUACUAAGAUCGAUGCUAAUGUAUUUGAGCCUUGAGAACAGAAAAGAUGCUUUAUCGGAUUUAAAAUUAUGGAUAUGUUCCGGUGAAACGCUACCCGUUAGUUUAGCGCAAGAAUUCUUCUCUCGCUUUGGCAAUAAUGAAAAAUUAUUAGCAAACUUUUAUGGCAGUACAGAAGUUAUGGGAGAUGUUACAUUUCACCUUCUAAGCGAACAUUCACAAUUAGAAGAUAUUGACAAGAUCCCAAUAGGAAAACCAGUAGAUAAUUCAAUAGUUUAUAUCGUCAGUAAAGAGAUGAGAUUACUUCCUCAAGGUGAAGUUGGAGAAUUAGUGGUUGCAGGAAAGAAUUUAGCAGCUGGAUACAUUCGAGGACGAGAUGCUCAUAAGUUUUUGGAUAAUCCUCACGUAAUUGAUCCAGAAUAUUCAGUGAUUUUUCGUACUGGAGAUUAUGCAAGAAUUGAUCGUGGUAUCGUUUAUUAUGAGGGAAGAACUGAUUCGCAAAUAAAAAUCAGAGGACACAGGGUUGAUUUGUCGGAAGUUGAGAAAGCUUUUGUGAAUGUAGCGGAAGUUGAUAAAGCAGUUGUAUUGUGCUAUAAACCUGGAGAACUUUCACAAGCACUGGUAGCAUUUGUAACUGUAAAGGAAAAUAAUAUUUCUAGUCAACAAAUCGAAUCUUUUAUGCAAACACUUCUGGCUCCUUACAUGGUUCCGCAAGUUAUCAUCGUCGACUCUAUACCAUUGUUGACUAAUGGAAAAACAGAUAGGCAAACUCUCUUAAAAGAAUUCGAACUAUCAUCUCAUAACGACAAUCAUGCAACUAUUGAUUGUGAUUAUUCCGGAGUGCCAGAAGAAGAUAUGGCAAAAGCCGAAGUUCUAUUUCCAACAGUUGCAUCGGUAAUUGGACAUAGUACUCGACAUGCAAUAACAAUUGACUCGAAUUUUUACCAUUUAGGUGGAAAUUCUCUGAAUUCAAUUUACACAGUGACAAAACUAAAAGAUCAAGGAUAUGAAAUUAGCAUAACCGAUUUUAUCACAGCUAAAACAAUGGCUGAAAUUUUACACCGAAUGAAACUCAGUUCGGAUUUAAAUUCAGACGAAGACAUAAAUUCGAAUAAAAAUUAUUACACCGAAAUGUUGAACGAUUCACACCAAAACGAUGUGAUAGAAAUGAUCACCGAAAGUUUCUACUCGAAAGCCGACCUGGAACAAUGGAUUCUAUCAGAUAUAUUGAGAAGUGAUUAUUCAGAGUUAAUGAAAAAAAUUUGGAAACCAUUGGUUGAGAAGAAUUUUAGCUUUGUGAUAAGAUCUAAGGAAAAUGAUAAAAUUUUGAGUGUUGCACUUAAUUUUGAUGCACUGGAUGAACCGGAAGUUAUAAUUGAAUCAAAAUUGACGGUGAUUUUUGAAUUUUUGGAAUAUUUAGAGGGACCAAUUAGAGACACAAGAUUGCCAAAAGGCCUUGGGAAAAUAUUGCACAGUUUUAUGAUGGCAACAGAUCAAGAUGUUAGUGCAGCGGAAAAUGUCUUGUUAAUGAAAGAAAUGGAACAUCAAUGUUUAAUUGUAGCGAGGCGAAAAGGUUUUGCGGGAAUUUUCACCACUAACACUAGUCCACUCACGCAGCAACUCGGUACCGAUAUUUAUAAUUAUGAUGUACUUUUGGACUACCAAGUUAAUCAAUACAUGGCACCAGAUGGAACCAAGCCUUUUGGAAAAGCUCCUGACGAUCAACGUGCAGUUUGCUCUUGGAAAGCCAUUUAAAACAAAUAGUUUAAGAAAUAAAAUAGUUGCUCCAUUUUACACAUAAAGUUUUUUUUUACAUAAAACAUUAUUAAAAUUAAGAAAAUAUAAAUCAUUUAACAUCGAAACUAAAAUUAAUUGUAAAAAAAAGAUAUUUCUCUGGAUGAAUAUGAAAUCUUUCAAGUUUCUGCGAUAUUUUAGCAUUAAAUUUACGCUCACUGUAAAUAUUUCGUGUAAAUAAGUAUAUAAUAUAGAAAUCUACCAUUUGUCAAGUUUUUCUUUCAAAAAUUUCUUAAAUAACAGUAGAGCCAAUUUAAUAAUUUUUUCAUAUUGUCAA